GCGGGUUUCUCUUCUUGACGCGAGCAGAUUUAUCUGGCUCCUGGUUUCACAAAAUCGUCGCACCCAAGAAACGUGGAAACGAGGCAUUCUAAAAAGAGAUAUCAAUCUCUGUGAAGACUAAAGGCGUAUUUGUGUUUGCCCUGGUCUCCCGAGUUUCACGACGGAAAACAAACUGGGGACACCACUCUCUGAAAGACUGACCCUUGACACUUCUCCAUCAGCAUUCCGUGAUGAUGGACACGGGGACGUCUGCUGGUCAAAAUUGACAGGCCACUCUGGCCAGCCACCAGGUGCCUGGGUUCUGACUUUGCACCAUUGACAUCUGUGUGAAAGCGACCCACAGCCAUUUUUUUAAAGCAUUGAUGCACUAAUCAGAACCUUUGGAAGCAAAGAAAAAUUGAAGAAGUCUUGGGAAGAGAGAAUUAGAUGUUGAAAACCAUCUAAACGGGGCAAGACUUACUUUGCUGUUUAGCUGCUAAGACCUAAUGUAAUUGCCACGUUAAAAAGGAAAAAAAUGAACAGCACGUGUAUUGAUGAACAGCACGACCUGGAUCACUAUUUGUUUCCAAUAGUUUACAUCUUCGUGGUCAUAGUCAGCAUUCCAGCCAAUGUUGGAUCGCUCUGUGUGUCUUUUCUGCAAGCAAAGAAAGAAAAUGAGUUAGGAAUUUAUCUCCUCAGUUUAUCACUGUCAGAUCUGCUGUAUGCGCUCACCCUCCCCCUAUGGAUUAACUAUACUUGGAAUAAUGACAACUGGACGUACUCUGCUGGCUUGUGCAAGGCGUGUGCUUUCUUCAUGUACAUGAACUUCUACAGCAGCACGGCCUUCCUCACCUGCAUCGCUGUUGAUCGGUUCUUGGCAGUCGUCUACCCUUUGAAGUUUUUUUUCCUAAGAACAAGAAGAUUUGCGUUCAUGGUCAGCCUGUCCAUCUGGGUAGUGGAAACCAUCUUCAACGCUGUCAUUUUGUGGGAAGAUGAGAUAUCUACAGAAUACUGUGAUGCCAAGAAGUCUAAUUUUACUCUAUGCUAUGACAAAUACCCUUUGGAGGAGUGGCAAAUCAGGUUCAACUUGUUUAGGACAUCUACAGGCUAUGCAAUACCUUUGGUCAUUAUGAUGAUUUGCAACCAGAAAGUCUACCAAGCGGUGCAGCAUAAUCAAGCCACGGAAAACAGGGAGAAGAGAAGAAUCGUAAAACUGCUUCUUAGUAUCACGUUGACUUUCGUUCUGUGUUUCACUCCCUUUCACGUGAUGUUGCUGCUUCGCAGCAUUUUAGAGCCUAGGUCUACCCCCGAGUCGGGGAAGCAGACUUAUAAAAUAUACAGAAUCACGGUUGCAUUGACAAGUUUGAACUGUGUUGCUGAUCCAAUCCUGUACUGUUUUGUAACUGAAACGGGAAGAUCCGAUAUGUGGAAUAUAUUAAAGUUCUGUACUGGGAAGGUUAAUCAGUCACAAAGCCUUUCUAUGUCUACAAAAGAUACUAUUGAGCUAAACAUCCUGGAAUAGAACCGAGGAAUUUAUUUUCAGGUACACAAUAUUGUAUCAAGAUUACAUUUUGAAAAGGAAACCUAGCUGGGGAUGGAACUAAGUUUUCCACCCCAGGCUAGGUUGUGUGAAUAUUUUAAUAUCCUCUCCAGUGGAAAUAUUUUCAAAGUGCACUGUAUACCUCCCUGACUUUUAUUAAAUGAAUAUUAAAUAAAAUGUAAUA